AUGGAGUUCGCCCAUCGGCUGGAGGAAGAGAAGCACUGGGCUCCGAUCUGGAGAGAAAUAGUGGAGGAAGAGCAGAACGCGGGCACCUUUGAUGCUUGGGACCUUGACGACGAGCAAGUUACAUUUGCCGGGCAGUUUGCCACGAACUUGUUGCACACGGAGCGGAUGCUGCAGAGUGAAGCUUCUUACAUGCGGAAGUUGAUUGGAGGCUUCCAGCAAUUAAGCGACGUCAUAUCUUUGAUCAAGGCGGCCCCAGAAGACGGCGAAGAGGACGGCCAGAAGAGGGGCAGCAGCAAAGCGUCCAGCAGUAGCGGCAGCAGCAGCAGCAGCAGCUCUUCGAGUGCAGCGGAAAGCUCAGAAAGCACAGAGAGCGACAACUCCGGCUCUAGCAGCGAAGAAAGCAGCUCAGAAUCGGAAAGCGACGACAAUGAAUCUGACUCUGAAAAGGCGUCAUCUUCAAGUUCAAGCGAAGAGGAGUCCAGCAGCCCUGCAGCUUCCUCCAGCAGCGAUGAGGCUUCAUCUUCUCCAGAUAGCAGCAGCAGCAGCUCGAGCAGCUCCGGCGGCAGCAGCGACGACAGCAGCAAAAACGAGAGCUCCAGCAGCUCAGAAGACGAGAGCAGCUGA